UGGCAUGCGAUUGUCUCAAACAAUUUGGCGGUUUAGAGGAAGUGGUUGAAGAAUCCAAGUCUUUAGCUGACUUCGCAUUUGUACAAAAAUAAAUAAAUACGGGCGGUUUUACUUCACGGACUCGUGUAACUAAUAUAUGAAUUUCGUUUAGGCGAUAAAUAUCUCGCGUUUCUUUCUUUUAUGCUUUAUUUUGACUCGGUGAGGCGUGUCAGUAUGCCGUGCAGGGCGUCGUGCACCGCGGCUAGCUAACAGUUUGUGAGCUCCGCUAUCUGCGCUCUGCUUCUUUCAUAUGACUAGCGGCCAGCUGUUCCACUGCCCAGUGGCUUCCUGCGUUAAGAAUGAUGUGUAACGUUCAAGAUGCCGGUGGGAAAUAUUUAUGGUGGUAUCUUCAGGGUAUGGAGUUCCACCUGGAUGUGGCUGCCAGCAUGAAAGGGAAAACAAACACCAAGCAUCUCAAUCUGGGGAUGUACAUGUUUGAUAAACCAAACAAGGAGGCUUCUUAUCUCGUCAUCCAUUUCUUGUUUAAGAAGUUGAACCCUUCACGUGUGCAGGAUGUCUUUAGACAUUGCUGGCCCGUUUUGGACCACAAGGCAGAUGCUGAAUUUCGUAAAGUGACAUUCGGAUGGCUUCAGGAAAUAGCGAACGAGAAAGGGAGCAGUUUUCCCAAGGUGAUUGCAUCACAUCUGCACUCUUCCUGUGGACCAAGAUUCAUCAACAUUAUGCUUCACCUAGCUAAAUACGUCAUGCUCAAAAUGCUGAAGACUUUUAGUACAGAUGGAACAUGGGUUCCAGAGGCUGCAGCUGUCUCUGCAAGUUCUCAAGAGAUGGAGAUGAAACGCUUUCAGAUGGUGAAGAGACGCUUCAGAGUGUGCCUGGAGCAAGAUGCCCUCAUUCAGGGCUAUCAAAAGAGAGCAAGAAAUUUGGAGAAGUCUUUGAAGGACCAUAAGGCAGAAGAUGCCAAGUAUGAUGAUUUGCUCAAAAAAUAUGACACAAACAACAAGACCAACAUGGAGCAAGACCUUCUGGAAAAGAUUCAGAAGGUUCGAAGCUUGUGGGCCGAGAUUGACAAAGCUUUGUCCAGCCUAGAAGGAGAACGGAAUGUGUUGGCAAGUGUGAUCGAGGGCAAGGUUGAUCAGUAUGUGCUGGAUGGAAAGGACAUUAAUGUGAAGAUUCCUGCAGUUCUGCUGGAGAGAAUGGAGAGGUUAUCACAUCAGACCAGUACUGGCAGUUUGUAUGAAUGUGGUCAGCCAGUCAUUCUGCAGUUGCUUGAGCUUCUUAAUGUGGGAUUAAAACUCCUGAGUGACGAGCGAGCCAAGCUCUCCGGUCUGUCAUCACAACUCAGCCACCAAACUCUCCAGGAACAAGCUUUGCUCAUGAAUCGUUCAAAGGAGAUCCUGAAAAACAUGAGACGCAAGUUGACCAAGGAGGAUAUACCACAGAUAAAGAGCAACAUCAAGAAGCUGGAGUUGGACUGGGAAAAGAAGUGGGCUGAAUGUUUGAGUCACACUCCCUUGAUCUCUUUCCUCAAUGAUGAUCCUGUUUUGGACUUUAUUUCUCCAAUGCCUCCAUUAUCUUUUGAAGCAGCCUCAGAGGUUAGCUUCAAGUCUAGCAUCUUCUCACAAUAUCCAGCUAAACUUUCAGAACAAGCUGAACAGAGCCACAAAGAUGAACCUUGUCUCACUCAACAGGAAGUUAAAGAUAGUUACUUCUUAAGCAGCUCCCUUCCUAAAGAGGACAAAACAGAAGACCUGUUAUUUUCCAGUUGCUUUGAUUCACCCAGGCCUGUGUCUCCGUGUGUUGUGCACGCUUUAACUCCUAUUUGUGCUAAAGUGCCAUCAGUUGCUCCUACACCCAGUCCUGUUCAGGCGAGCAGGAGGAGACCCUUACUUUCACAAACUAAAACGUCUGCCAUGAAGCCAACGGCUCAGAUUCUGGAGUUGGAAUAUGAUAAUCUAGCAAGUCAGUUUGCUGAAGCUGUGACAGUGAGCCCAGUGGAUGGAAGAAGAAAAAGCAUGGAUUUGGAGCAGUUGCUCAACACAUUAGCAGACCCAUUCACAACAAAGAAGCAGCUCCCUCGCACACCAGAAAGCUUGAUUAUGGAUGUCAGAAAAUCAUGGAGAAAGGCAGUGGAAGAAGGGAAAGCUGAGAAAAACGAGAAAUGUCAAGAUAGCCUCUCCUGUGUCAGAACACCAAUUUCUGAAAACAAAGAAAGAAGCCCUAGCUCAGCAACCUUUUUUUUGGGUGAAUCUGCAAUAUUGAAUACUGAUCUUCUUUGUAGUCCCCUUCCAUCUCAGCAGGGGUCCUCUAUGCACACCACUGUUACCUGGGACACCUCCCACCUGGACACUCUAAGUGAAAGCACCAGCAACAUUAUACACUUCAGCAUUGCUCAUGAGACCUUUCCAGGUGAAGAGAAUGAUGUUUCCUUUACCGGCAGUGAAGAAGUGCAGGCGAUCCACGAGGUGGAAGAACUUCUCCUCCCUACAGUUAUGGCAGGUUCUCCUGAAGCAGAGACUAAACGCCAAAUGGUUAGAAACCAACUGGACGGAUCCCCUUUUACAGGGAGGUUCAUGGAGACAAGGUCUGACUUCAUGCCGUCGGCAAUACAGACAAGUCCUGGGUUGGGUAUUUGCAGUGGGGAGAAGGUAUUUUCUCUGGACUUGGACCAGUUGGAGAAUUUCUCCUCACCUGUACGUGAGGAGCUUGUCCUGCCCAAUCUUGUCACAUUCUCACCUAUGGAUGAGCUUUAAUACUGGUGUCUUAAACCAUUAUAUACAGACAGUUCAGGAGGGGGGAAAUGCAGUUUUGACCUGUGCUAUGCUAUGGUACCACUAUAAAUAGACUGGGUAAGGAAAAUGUAAGAAAAUCUACCCUCUAACUUUGAAACAUUCUCAUUCAUUGUUCUUGUCAGCCUUAACAACAAUGUAAAAUAGGUGCGUUGUCUUGUCUUAAAUUGGAAUGUUUGUACUAAUAUUUUUUUAAAUGUUCAUUGUAUGAAUGAAGUGAGCAUUUCCAAUUACAAUAUUGGAAUUCAGUCAACAUGAAUGAGGCUAAUAAAUGUAACAAGCAUGAUUUAAGCAGUUUCUCAAUUUUAAUAAAGUAACUUUGUACACUGUAA